AGCCCAGUCUACCUUUUGUGCUUACCUGCAUACCGGGAACCUCCAUGGUGACUUUUAACUUAGAACGCCCUCUUCCUCCGCCAGGUUGUUUGCGUCUCUUCGCCUUCAAAACGGCCCACGGAGAAGGUGCUCUCCGCGCUCACAAAAAGUCUCUACAAACACCGGCGUGACUUCCCGGUGGAGGCAGGCUUCUCCUGUCCGCGAGAGAGCACAAAUGUCGGGAGAAGGGCAAGAGGAGCGUCCGGGGAUGAAGAAGGGUGAAGCCGCACAAAGUUGAGCUGUUGCUCGGUGGGCGGAGCCAUAGUGUCUCACUGCGACUGACAUCUGGCGGCCACAAAUAGAACUACAGACACGUUUUCACUGUGAACUGAAAAAUGCCGACAUCAGUUAGUCUACAGCAAAAACAUAUUGUGGUAUAUUUCGAUAAUAUAGCUGUUGGUGUCGUGUGAAGGCGGUACAAUACGACGCUUCCUCCUCUUCCCUACGUCAGCGUUUUACGCCGUGACGUCAUCCGGACACGGAAGUCGGAUGGGGCGGAGCCUUCUCGAAGAUGGCGUCGCUACGCUGUCGGCGCGAUCCGUGCGGCGUCGUCUGCCUUGUUUUGACCUACUUCAGCGUCUUUUACGCGGACUACGUGGUGGUCCAGUACGUGCUCAUCCCCGCGUACUCGGACAGUGUGUGGUGCACCCUGCACGGAUCUGCCUUCAACAUCAUUUUGCUGCUGCUGCUGGCCUGCCACGCUAAGGCUGUAUUCUCGGACCCUGGUGUGGUGCCCCUCCCUGAGACGGCGCUGGAUUUCUCAGACCUCCGCUCGCAGUCGUCGCGAAUCAACGACAGAGGCUGCGAGGGCUGGACCGUAUGCAGCCGCUGUGAAACCUACAGACCCCCUCGGGCGCAUCACUGUCGCGUGUGCCAGAGAUGUAUACGACGCAUGGACCAUCACUGUCCCUGGAUCAAUAACUGCGUGGGAGAGCUGAACCAGAAGUAUUUCAUCCAGUUCCUCUUCUACACGGGAGUGGCCAGCCUGUACUCCAUGCUGCUGGUGGUGUCGGCCUGGGUGUGGCGCAUCAGGAGCGAGCGGGAGGGAGACGCCCAGAGGGAAGAAGACGACACGCCCAGCAAGCAUCUGAUUGUUGUGCACUACAUCAUUCUGCUGGUGGAGUCAGUCCUCUUUGGAGUCUUCGUCUUGGUCAUCUUCUACGACCAGCUGGCGUCGAUAGUCAGUGACGAGACGCCCAUCGAGCAGAUGAGGAACAGGCUUCUGAUGAAGGACAAAAGUUUCCCCUCUUCGCAGCCGCCUCACCAAGCAACACACACACGUAAGCCUAAAAUGGCUUUGCUACGGGAGGUUUUCGGACGAGGUGAGUGGAACACCGUCUGGUUAAAAGGACAAGCUUUGGUGGUUCAGCUGUGUCUGUCGGCAGGUUCUGUCUUCUGCUGGCUCCUCCCACUGCACUCCAGCACCCCGUCAGUCGGAGGAAUCGCCUACUCUGCCCUGCCUGACUACGACGUGUGACCUGUGAACAAAGGCCCGUGAAUGUUCUGCGUAACGAGGAAGGCAGCGGAUGAUGUGCCUCAAGAACUCGAGCACAUGGUCACACCUGUGUCCUGCAGCUCAGCUCCCAGGAUUCUUGGCUCUUGUUUACUUUGAGUGUGAACACUGGGGAAUAUUUUACACAUUUGAUGGGACAUUUUUAAAAAAAAUUGAUAGAAUUUGUAGCCUGGAUGGCAACCAAUCUCAAGGGAUGUGAAAGACCUGCCUGCAAAUGAUCCAUGCUGCAUUUUGUCUUAUAGAACCUCCUUCCCAGGCUGUGUCUCAAUCUGCAAACUUCCAUACUUCCACAGUCUAUUGAGUGUGGCAAAAUGCAGCACUGGAUACCUGGAUGCAGCACUCAGACUGGUCAAAAUGGUGAGUAAGCAGGCAGUGCUGGACACUUGGCACCCACAGUCGUCACUGUCUUGGCUACGUAGCGAAAGAAAAAGGACUAACUCGACUGAUUGGGAUUCACAAUUAAAGUUGAGAGAAGACAAAGGUAUAUUUUGCGGUCUUCAAAAUUUGCACAUUCAGGAACUUAGUUCACAGUACACUUAAUGAUUAACUAAGUUCACAGUAUACCUAAAGGGGAACUGCAAUUUUUGGGGGAAUUUUGCCUAUUCACAAUCCUUAUACAAGACAAAAAUAACAAAUAUGUUUUUCUUUUUUAAUGCAUUCUAACUAGUAAAUAAAUGCAAUCAAAAGUCUGCUUACAAUGGAGCUUAUGGGAUUUGAUAUAUUCCGUUUAUAAAGCGCUUAAAAAACAUCCAAACACCUCCAAAGUUUUAUUAACAUACUGUAAGCAUAUAUGUAAUGUAGUAACAAACAUAUUUUUAUUCUAAGAUGUAAUAUUUAUGUAUUUUGCUCAAUUUAAGCAUAAGGUAGCAGAUUAAUUAAAAAAAAUGCGACAUUGCUUUUCCUCAACAUCAUUGAUUAGUACCCGUGCAUACAUAGUUCAUGAGAGUCAAAAACCAAUCAAACAUCACUUACUGUAUAAUGUCUGCUGUCAAUUGUAUGCCAACUGUUUGAAUGUUCAUUAAUUCCCCUUUAUAUGAAUAUCCAUCCAUCCAUUUUCUACCGCUUAUUCCCUUUGGGGUUGCGGGGGGCGCUGGUGCCUAUCUCAGCUACAAUCAGGCGGAAGGCGGUGUACACCCUGGACAAGUCGCCAUCUCACCGCAGGGCCAACACAGAGACGAACAACAUUCACACUCACAUUCAAACACUAGAGCCAAUUUAGUGUUGCAUGUCUUUGGAAGUGGGAGGAAGCCGGAGUACCCGGAGGGAACCCGGAGGGAACCCACGCAGUCACGGGGAGGACAUGCAAACUCCACACAGAAAGAUCCCAAGCCCGGGAUUGAACCCGGACUACUCAGGACCUUCGUAUUGUGAGGCACACGCACUAACCCCUCUUCCACCAUGAAGCCUUUAGAUGAAUGAUCAAUUUAUAAACCUUGCAGAGAAAAAAGAGGGGGGACCUAAGCGUCUUUCUCGCUAUUUCUGGGUCUAAAUUGGAUGCCACAGUUGACCAAUUGUCAGACUGUCCUCAUUUUCUCACCGUCCAGGUGAAAGCAUUGUUUAUUAUCCAGAGUAAUAUUCUGCAAGCCCCGAGGUGAGAAAUCAGCACACCAGCUAAUGACGUCAUAUAGCAGCAACAAACUUGUUAAGAUAUCUGUGUCAAUGUGUAGCUAAAAUAGUUUCUCUACAUUAUUGUUUAUACUAACUAUAUCACUAAUGCUUGGUUAAAAUUCAGGAUACACGGUGUAAAUGAAGUAUUGUUGGCGCUUUUUGGAUGGUUCUUUAGAUGGCCUUAUUAGCGGAAUAGAGCACCUCCCAAUAACUCCGUUGUAAGCAGAUUUUUAUUUAUGAGUUAGUCUG